AUGCAACUCCUCUUUAAUUCUCUCCAUACACAAAGCCUAAUCCUCUCUUCUCUGCAUCUCGUAGCCAAUGAAGAAUCGACAUCUCGCGACCAAUCCUCUCCUCUAAAAGGUCUGCAUCUCGCUGCCAACAAAGAAUCGGCAUCUUGCGGCCAACGUCACCCCUGGUUUGAGAUCCUCUCUCUCUCCGACGCCCUCCUCCCGUCGCCUGCACCGGUGGUACGACAAGCUGGACCCCCAAGAUGUGGUUUACUGAAUCAGCAUCUGGGUCGAGUCAUGGUGUUCAACGAUCUGUUGGCCACGGAUAAAACCUCGAUACUGGGAGAAGCCAUAAACUAUCUGAAACAUCUGGAACAGAGAGCAGAGAACUUGGAAGAAGCGAAAAGAUCUUCGAAGAUGGCGAUGGAGUCGGGGGUUUUCGUGAAGAAAUCGCAGGUGUUCGAGGAGGAAGAAGGUUCGUCGUUGGCCGGAGAAAUCGAGGUGAGGGUGGUCAACAACAACGUCCUCAUAAGGGUGCAUUGCGGUAAGCACAAGGGCAUUCUUGCCAAUUUGCUUAGCCAGGUGGAGAGCAUGAACAUGGUGGUUGUCAAUACUAAUGUCAGCCUCUUUGGUAAUUCUUCCCUUGAAAUCACCAUCAUUGCUGAGAUGGAGAAGGGAUUCAGCUUGAGCGUGAAAGAAGUUGCGAUGGCUCUUCGUGGAGCUUUCAAGCCGGCGACUGCAUAA